AUGUCGGCGCCAGGAUCCGCAGCUUCGGUCGGCGCUGGGCCGUCGUCGAGUGCUUUGAAGAAGGGGUUUCCUCACGUCGAUCUGGAAGGACAUAACCUGCCUCCGUCCCCUGCUCCGUCCAGUCCACGCAAUGGCAAGCGAUAUGCCAUCGCUACAGAGCUUGUAUAUACGGAAGGAAAUGACCAGUAUAAUGCCAGCAGUGUGCCGAUCUAUCAGACAGCUACCUUUAAACAAACAUCUGGCAGUGGAGGAGGAGACUACGAUUACACCCGUUCCGGAAACCCGACCAGGACGCAUCUGGAGCGGCACCUCGCGAAGAUCAUGUCCGCACAGCGUGCCCUAGUCGUGUCUUCUGGCAUGGCUGCAUUGGAUGUCAUCACGCGUCUUCUCCGCCCGGGGGAUGAAGUCGUGGCCGGCGAUGAUCUCUACGGUGGGACUAACCGUCUCCUCAAAUACCUGUCGACCUACGGCGGCAUCGUAGUGCAUCAUGUGGAUACGACGCAGGUGGAGAAGGUCCAGGAGGUGCUAAACCCGAAAACGACCAUGGUCUUGCUCGAAACCCCGACGAAUCCGCUGAUCAAGAUCGUUGACAUCGCCCGCAUUGCGACGAUCGCACACGAAUCCAGUCCCAAUUGCCUUGUGGCAGUCGACAACACCAUGAUGUCGCCACUUCUGCUCAAUCCGUUGGAACUGGGCGCGGACAUUGUCUACGAGAGCGGGACUAAAUAUCUAUCGGGCCAUCACGAUCUCAUGGCGGGAGUGAUUGCGGUCAACGAUCUGGCUCUUGGGGAGCGGCUGUACUUCCCGAUCAACGCGUCGGGCUGCGGACUGUCGCCCUUCGACUCGUGGUUGCUGAUGCGCGGCGUGAAGACCCUCAAGGUCCGUAUGGAACAGCAGCAGUACAAUGCACAGCGGAUUGCCGAGUUUCUCGAGGCCCAUGGCUUCAAGGUGCGGUACCCUGGACUGCGGUCGCACCCGCAGUACGAGCUGCACCGAUCCAUGGCGCGCGGUGCUGGCGCGGUACUCUCCUUCGAGACAGGCAACGUCGAGGUGAGCGAACGCAUCGUCGAGAGCGCGAAACUCUGGGCCAUCAGCGUCAGUUUCGGAUGCGUCAACAGCUUAAUCAGCAUGCCCUGUCGGAUGAGCCAUGCCAGUAUCGACGCCAAGACCCGACAGGAGCGCGCUAUGCCAGAGGAUUUGAUCCGACUGUGUGUGGGUAUCGAAGAUGUUGACGAUCUCAUAGAUGAUCUGAGGAGAGCUCUCGUCCAGGCUGGCGCGGUCAAUGUUACACUGGACGGCUUCCAGGCCACCCACCAGGGCGCUGGGGAUUCGGAGAGUGUUUCGACGGCUGCUUAG